GGGCAACAACAAGAACUCUGAGAGGGCACCCGGAAUACCGAAAAUUUCUGACCGUGUCGCUGGACAGUAUGCCUAUAUUUUUAACUCCGUGGAUUGAUAAACUAUAGCUGUUUCCAAGCCCCACAGGUGGCAUGGAGUACGUGGUAUAAUACCGGGGAUUGCCACGGUGAUUUGGGACAAGCUGACCGAAGUCAACAAGUGUUGAACUCCAAAACGUGCUUGGUGUUGUUUCCCGUUAUUUUCCUGUUCUGGUCCGUGACAUCAUCGCCAAAAUGCCGGGGAAGAGACUUUCCGUCGAACCUCCCAACGUGACCGUGGAUGAUUUGGAGGAUUUCCUUGCAACUGAUGAUCUGUUUGUGGAAUAUUUUAAUUAUUUUUUAGCACUUCCAACAUUCCCAGAACCACUGUUUUUCAACAAGGAACGAGGUGGAUUUGAAGUAGUCAGCUCAGCUAAAAAAGAGAUCACAAACAAAAUCCGUACUUUAGUCCAGCAAUCCAAGAAACCUAGCCCCAUUUACAGAGCUGCUACAUUUGUUGCAAACGCCAAAAAGGUGUCCAUUUACGAUAUUCAUGCUUAUGAAAGAACCGCUCAGGAACCAAGCGAAAUAAAAACUAGCUUUACAGUACAGUGUCUUAAUAAGGAGCAGGGUAUACAAUGGAUCAAGAUGGAGAGAUUACCUGCUUUUUUAGCAAAGUGA